UAGUCUACAAAACUAAAUACAAAAAGUUCUAAAAAGAAAGUAAAGUCUAAAAGUAAAAUUAAAAAUGGAUGCUUUUAUUUAAAAUAUUUAUGAUUACAAUUAAAUAUUGCGCUUAUGAUGAAAGAAGAAACUGUUUCUCCACUAAGUUACAAUCAUCAUUCUUUUUUAUCAGCUAAUCUUUUAAAAUUUCGACAAUGUGGAGUUCUCUGUGAUGUCACUUUACUCUGUGAAGAUGCAUUAUUUCAAGUUCACAAAGUUGUACUUGCUGCCUCAAGUGCAUAUUUUCAAGCUAUGUUUACUAUAGGAAUGUGCGAAGAAAAAAAAAGACAGAUUCCACUGAAUGAUGUGGAUAAAAAAGCACUUUCUGUUUUGGUAGAUUAUGCUUACACUGGAAUUAUUUCUAUUGAUGAUAGAAAUGUUCAAGUUCUUCUUAAAACUGCUGAUCUUCUUCAAUUUUCAACAGCUAAAGCUUUAUGUUGUAAAUUUAUAAUGGACCAAAUGAACUCUGAGAAUUGUCUCGAUUUAUUACACUUAGCUGAUGUUUAUCACUGCAGUGAUAUUUCAGCUCUAUCACAAUUAAUGUUUAAUGAAAAUUGGGAAAAAAUAAUAAAAACAGAAAGCUUUGUAUUACUUAAGCUUGAUAUAUUAAUCAAGCUGUUAUCAUCUGACAAUCUUCAUGUAAAUAAAGAAGCAGAUGUGUUUUAUAUAAUAGCUCAAUGGGUAGAAAGUGACAUUGAAUCCAGGAAAAAAUAUUUAUUUGGUUUACUAGAAUAUGUUAGGUGGGCAUUCAUAUCUCCUAAAGAUCUAAAUAAAAUGCGACAACACCCUCUGAUGCUUGUUGAUAAAGAAUCUUUAAGUAAAAUCGACAGUUAUUUAAUACUAAAUGCCUUUCAAAUCGAAAAUUUUCAUAUGAGAGAUUCAUAUAUUGGAUGGAUGUAUGUUCUUGGUGGGGAACAAUCCUUUUUAAUGGAAAUGAAAACCUGUGAAUUUUAUAAUAACCAAUUAAAAGAAUGGAAUUAUGGAUUUUCUCUUAAUGGGCCAAGAACCUCAUUUGCUGCCAUAACUCUCAAAAACCGUCUUUAUGUCAUUGGCGGUAUGAGGUUUGGAGAAAAGUUAAAGUUGGUAGAAUGCUAUGAUCAAUAUUUAGGAAAAUGGAAAAGACUUGCCUCCAUGAAAAAGUGUCAAGGUGAUGUUGAAGCAGCUGUUAUUAAUGACACUAUUUAUGUGGCUGGUGGCUCCAGUGGAGGAAAACCGGCUUGUAGGUAUGUUGAAAAAUAUGAUAUUUGCAAUAACCAGUGGAGUGCAGUAGCAUCAAUGAAAUCUCGAAGACGGCGUUUUGGACUUUGUGAGUAUAACUCUCGACUUUAUGUGUUUGGUGGGUUUCAGGACAGUUUAGGAGAGUUAAGUGUUUGUGAAUCAUUCUGUCCUAUUACUAAUAUGUGGGAAUCUAUUGCUCCUAUGAAGACUAAUAGAUGUGAUCUUGGUGUUACUGUUUUAUCAGAUUUUAUUUAUGUUACUGGUGGUGUGAAUUCCUAUGCUGGCUCUAUUUCAACUGUUGAAAAAUACGAUCCUGCUUUAAACACAUGGAGUAUGUGUCAACCAUUGAUUCAUGCUCGUGGUGGUCAUACAAUGGUAACAUACUUUGGGCGAGCUGUUGCCAUUGGUGGAAUGAACAGUUAUAUGCAAACUUGUAAUGAUGCUGAAUGGUAUAAUGAGGUGACUGAUCAAUGGUCUACGCUACCGUUAAUGAACAUGCCCCGUUUUGGUGGAGUUGGCAUUGUUCUUCCCUUUUGCAAGCAAAUAUCAGGUUAUAAAGAAAAUCGUGAUGAAAAUGGCUGAUAAUAAAGUAAUUACUACAUGAAAUUGUUUGCUAUUUAUACAGACAUUGUAAAUAUCUAUAUAAACAUUUGUUAUACAAACAUUGUAAAUAUUCUUCUCAAAACUACAGAUAUUUAUUGAUAUAUAAUAACUUAACAAACUUCAGAACUCUAAUGACGAUAAGCACUUUUAUAUGUAGAUAAUCCCUUUUAUGUCCGCAUAAAAUUUUUUGUAAAUAUAUAACUUAUUUAUCUCUAAAGAAAUUUUUAUAAAUUUAAA